AUGAAGAUUUUGAUAAUGAUUGCUUUUGUCCUUGCAGCUCGCUUGAUGGAUGCCAUUGGCAGCUCAGAUUUACAGAACUGUUUUCAAGAGCAGAUACGACUUCAGGGCCAGGUGAGGCUUCUGGAGCAUCGUGUGAAACAGCAGCAGUUAAAAAUUAUACAGCUUUUAGAGAAGAAAGAGAUUCAGUACAGUGACAGAGGAGAUGAAAACAGUGUCAUUGACUUGGGAGGAAAAAGACAGUAUUCAGAUUGUGCAGAAAUCUACAAUGACGGCCAUAAACAAAGUGGAUUUUACAAUUGGGGUGGUUGGACUGUUUUUCAGAGACGUUCUGAUGGCAGCCAGAAUUUUGAUAGAGGCUGGACUGACUAUGAAGAAGGCUUUGGAAAUUUUGUUUUGACAAAUGGUGAAUAUUGGCUUGGAAAUAAAAAUCUUCAUUAUUUGACUAAUCAAGGAAACUAUACUUUAAGAAUUGACCUAACUGAUUUUGAAGGAGAACGACGUUUUGCACAAUAUGCAGGAUUCAGAGUUGCAAGUAAAGAGCAUUCUUACGAGAUGAGCUGUGGUGAAUACUCUGGUACAGCUGGUGAUUCCCUUACUGGCGGAUUUCAUCCUGAAGUAAAAUGGUGGGCUGAUCAUCGAGGAAUGAAAUUCAGUACUAGAGACAGGGAUAAUGACAACUAUGAAGGGAACUGUGCUGAAGAGGAAAAGGCUGGCUGGUGGUUUAACAGGUGUCACUCUGCCAACCUGAACGGUUUGUACUACAAAGGCCCCUAUGCUGCAGGGACAGACAACGGCAUCGUUUGGUACACUUGGCACGGGUGGUGGUAUUCCCUGAAAUCCGUUGUCAUGAAGGUCAGACCAGCAGACUUUGAACCUAAUACUGUUUAA